AUGGUACCGCAAAGUUAUCAGGGCGGAAGGGACGGAGGCAAAUAUGUACUCCCCCGUCCUAACCUCCACCCUCGACCUCCUCUCCUCCCUCCUCGACUUCCUCACCUCACCCCCGCCUCGCCCUUCUCCCUCAUCCUGCUCUUCCUCCUCGCGCUCCUGCUAAUGCUCAUGAUCCGUGGCAUGGAAUUCAAAGUCGCGACGCUUAUAUGUGCCGCGACGGGCGAGGUGCUGUAUUCGGUUACGCAGACGACGACAAUUGGGAUGGCUGGGGCGGGGACGGCGUGGAGCGGGACUCGGGCUGGGAGUGGAAGCGGGAUGAUUGCCGCUGGGGCGGGGGUCGUCAAGGGAUUGUUGCAGGAGUGA